GGGAAUGCUCCAGCAAUUCCUGACCAUCAGUGGCUCACACACCCUGCUGCAGGCUGCUCAGAGAGACUCACCAACGUUCAACUUACAAACGUCGCUCACCGUAAACGACUGGACCCUCAGAGCGCUGUCGCCGGUGUAGGCGAAGCCUGUUGUACUGCGCUACAGUGGAGAUACGCCUGAUGAAAUGGUCAUGGUGAACGAAAAAGUGGCCCACCCUCAGGACCCACGCCAACCGACAGAAAAGCCGGCCAUUCACUGCUUCAAAUGUGGAGACCCAUGUAAAGGCCAGGUGCUACGUGUCCAAGCCAGACAUUUCCACCUAAAGUGCUUCACCUGCAAAGUUUGCGGCUGUGACUUGGCCAAAGGUGGAUUUUUCAUGAAGAACAGCGACUACCUUUGUACCCUGGACUACCAGCGGCUGUACGGAACCCGGUGCCAGGGCUGCGGAGAGUUUGUGGAAGGGGAAGUGGUCACGGCUUUGGGAAAGACCUACCAUCCCCAAUGUUUUGUUUGCUCCAUAUGCAAGCGCCCGUUCCCAGCAGGAGAUCGCGUGACCUUCAAUGGAAAAGACUGUCUGUGUGAGCGCUGCGCUCAGCCAAAGUCGUCCAGCCCCAAGGAGGCUGGCGGUUCCUCCAACUGUGCCGGCUGUGGCAGGGAUAUCAAGAACGGACAGGCCCUGUUGGCUCUGGAGAGACAGUGGCACUUGGGCUGUUUCAAAUGCAAGGCCUGUGGGAAGGUGUUGACUGGAGAGUACAUCAGCAAAGAUGGUGCUCCUUAUUGUGAAAAGGAUUAUCAGACCCUCUUUGGUGUGAAAUGCGAAGCCUGCGAUGAGUUCAUCACUGGGAAGGUCUUGGAGGCGGGAGAUAAACAUUACCAUCCGAGCUGUGCACGAUGCAGCAAGUGCAACCAGAUGUUCACAGAAGGAGAGGAAAUGUACCUGCAAGGCUCAACAGUUUGGCAUCCCGACUGUAAGCAGACAAACACAGCUGAAGAAAAGCAAAUGCCAAUAAGAUCUUCUUCUGAAAGUAUCUCGUCCAGACCUGGUUCGAGUGUACCCGGCUCACCUGGGCACAUGAUUUACGCAAAAGUGGAUAAUGAAAUCCUUGAUUACAAGGACUUGGCUGCCAUCCCCAAAGUUAAGGCUAUUUAUGACAUAGAGCGCCCUGACCUGAUCACCUAUGAGCCGUAUUUUGGAGGCAACUUCGAUGAUCGUCAGGAUCGCCCCAGCGUUGGAGAGUCUCAGUACGCAAGAAGUGACAAUGGCUCGAUUGUUCAAAGUGAAAUAUCUCCAAGGACACUUUCCCCCACACCUUCAGCUGAGGGCUAUCAAGAUGCCCGCGAUCGAAUGGUGCACAGAUCUUCCAGUCAGGGCUCCAUAAGCUCCCCUGUCUACAAUCGCCACUGUUACACACCCACUGUAGCCCGAUCUCCACAGCACUUCCACAGACCUGCUGCUUCGUUCUACAUAGGCAAUGAGCCAUCCAGCGGGCGAAACUCCCCUCUCCCCUUGCGGUCAGACAACAGGCCUCUAACCCCAACUUAUGCUCAGAACCCUAAACAUUUCCAUCUUCCAGACCAAGGGAUUAAUAUAUACAGGAAACCUCCUAUCUACAAGCAAUAUGAUGCAGCUGCAAUGGCAGCACAGCUCAAGCGAGGCGAGGAAAUCAUCAAGUCAUCCAAGUUUCCAGCAGCCCACGCUCCAGAACCCGACCUAAUCCCUGAGGUGGAGACUGACUGCUUGCCAGGGUCAGACAAGCGGAGAGGCAGCGAACGAGAAGAGGAGGACGAAGAGAAGCUCAGACGCAGACAGCUUCAAGAAGAGCAGCUCAGCAAGAUCCAGUCAGGCCUGGGGAAGCUGAUCCUGAAGGAGGAGCUGGAGAAGGAGAAGCAGCGGGCUGCCUCGCACACCCUCUCCGCUGAGCCCCAGUUCAGACCUCGCUAUGACUCAGCAGGAAACGCAUCCCUGCAUGCCUCUGCCUCCAAAACCUCCUCUCUCCCUGGUUACGGAAGAAAUGGGCUGCAUAGGCCACAGUCCACGGAUUUUACACAGUACGACAGCUACAGCGACAUAAGUGAAGGUGUGAGAGAUUCCACGCCCACACAGGAUGGAGCCGUGCAAGGGACAAGGAUGGACCGGGGAGUUUCCAUGCCCAAUAUGUUGGAGCCAAAGAUUUACCCAUAUGAAGUGCUCUCGGUGGCCAACAGGGGGCGCCACAAGCUACCGAGGGAUGUAGAUAGAACAAGACUGGAGCGUCAUGUGGCACCAGAUGUGUUUCACCAUCUCUUCAACAUGCCCAUCCAGCUUUUCGACAGGUUACCACUGUGGAAGCGAAAUGAGCUCAAGAAAAAAGCCAGACUCUUCUGAGCUCCACCGUGCGAAUUGACAAGGGAGCGAAAGAGAG